CAACACCACUCCCUCAUGUGUACAACCACACAUCCCCGAGCAUCAUCACAGCCUGCCGGCCAAUCUCCUUCCUGGCAAGCCCAUCCACAUAGAAACAAUGGAAGAAGAUCCAAGGUAGCAUGAUACUUACAUCUGGUGACCUAUUGUUGCCUUGAACCAUCAUGACAGGCGCCGCCGCCGCCCACUUCUUCCCACGUCUCACCUUUCCUCUCUCCGAAUCCAUCCCCCGGUCCUACUAUCUCGGCCACCACCAUGCCGGAUUACGCGAAAUCUCCAAGCGCCUCUCCAACGUUGGCCUCGUCGUCGAGUGCCGCGACUACCGCGUACCACUGACGAGCUGGAACCACCACCUCGACCGCGCCAUCGCCGGCCGCCAUCGCAUAGUCGUCUACACCCAUUCCGACCUCGGCACCGAUACCCCCGCCGCCGAUCGCGCCCUGCGCCGCCUCCACGCCUCCAAUGACUUCUCUUCUCCCUCCGGCGUCAUAACCGGCCACCGCCAUCCGGCCGUUUUCUGGCGCAAAGAUAAACCCGAAACCACGAGGGCCCUCCUCUCCGAGAUCCGCUCCGUCGCCCGCACAGCCGACUCGCUGACCGGCCUCCGAGCCCUCGUCGUCGGCAUGCCCAACGUAGGCAAGAGCACCCUCCUCAACCGCCUGCGAUCCCACGGCAUGCACAACGCCCGCUCCAAGACCUCCGUCGCCCGCGUCGGCGCCCAGCCGGGGAUCACCCGCAAACUCUCCACCCCCGUCCGCAUCCUCGACGGCCGCGGCCCCCGCCGUCGUCGCGACCCCAACCACCCCAACGGCCCCAACCACCCCAACGACCCCGAAGCCGGAAACCGAGACGACUCCCUCGGCGAAGGCGUUUUCGUCCUCGACACCCCGGGCGUCUUCAUGCCGUACGUCGAGCGCGCCGAGGACAUGGUCAAGCUCGCCCUCGUCGGCUCCGUCAAGGACGAACACAUCCCCACCCACAUCCUGGCCGACUACCUCCUCUACCGCAUGAAUCUCGUCGACCCGGCCCUGUACGCCCGCUUCUGCGACCCCACCAACGACAUCGCCGACCUGCUCGCCGGCGUCGCGCGCCGCACGGGGAAGCUCAAGGCUGGCGGCGUCGUCGACGAGGACGCCGCCGCUACCUGGGCUGUCCAACAGUGGCGGAUGGGCAACCUUGGCAAGUUCGUCCUCGACGAUGUCAGCGACGAGACCUUCCGUGAGAGGGAGCAGGCCCGGGAGAGUGGCGGCGCCGUCAGCCUUAGCCAGGCCAGGAAACGAGAAAAGGAAUUGAGGAAGGAGAGGUCGCAGAAAAAGCAAAAAGCUGGUUGAUGUGGGAGGAAUGAAUUGUUGUUCUGAAAUGGCAUACAUGUAUACAUAUACCAUUCUCUGUACUUGUACUCGAGUCGCCAUGAAGCUGGAAGCUGUACGCUAUAGUAGAAGGCAGUGUCAUCGUGCCGACUAUCUCCGACUGAUAUACACAUCUCUGAAUAU